GGAAAGCACUCCCAUGUUCUGGUUUGAAGUUAAUGUUUAGUGUUCUUUGCUCGCCAUAGUGUAUAUAACAGUAAAUCACCAUGGGUAAAACAAGGGCUGAGAUCCAAGCCGCCUAUAGAGAACGAAAGAAGCAAAAAAUGGGAGAAAAGGCAUUUCUAAAGAAGAAAGAAGAUUAACGUCAGAGUUCGAAAACACAGAGCAGUAAUUAAGACUUUGAAGGAGCAGAAUAUGGAAAAUAACCAAAUAGUACGACCUGAUCUUGGUGAUACUGAGAGUGAUUCAGCCAUAUCAGAGAUAUCGUCGCCAGGUACGACUGCCGGACAAAGUCGCCCGCAUAGCCCUCUUCGUGUUAAGUUUCAAUUUAGAAGGCGGGUUUCAACUAGGAAAAGAACAAAUCGGGCCUUAAGCAGGGCACAUAGGCGAAUUGAGGAACUGGAACGUAAGUUACAAUCUGCCGCAAAACAAAAUAAAAAAAUAAGCAAGCGUUAUGAAAGAGCAGUAAGCACAAUGCCGAAAACACCUUCAGAAAAAUCUUCCAAAGAUGCCAUGGAUAACAGCGAAACUCCUAGAUCAAAGGCAACCUCACAACUAAAGAAUGUGGUUCUCACAUCACGUUCUAGAAAUGCAAUUAAAAAGCACAUGACAUUCUCAAAUGCCAUCAUUGGUGAAAUUCAUGAAGCUUCAAAGGCAAAUAAAACAACAAAUGAAAAGAAUGCACUGAGUCAGAUUACAGUAUCUCUGGUAAAAUACUGAUAAAGUAUAGAAUGAUUCGGUACUGGUAGAAAAACAGGGUUGGAACGUCACAAGCUUGCACGUGUACAAAACAAAAACAUAACACACUGCAUAUAACACAAAGAAAAUUUGAUUAUCGUACCGUAUGCUUCAUGAUGAUGUUGUCAAGUUUCUUUCCCGUGAUGACAAUUCAAGAAUGUUGCCAGGAAAAAAAGGAUGCAAAAAAAUGCCAGCCAGGAAAUGUGAACACCCAGGUUAGAGUGUUAAAUGAAUACUUAAAUAACUUGUACCACAAGUACAAGUCAGAAAAUAUUGAAAAUCAGUAUGUUUCAUUUAUGGCUUUCCAACGCAUUCGCCGUAGUCAACCUCAUAUCAAAUUAGUUCAAUACUCAUCUAGAAGCACUAGCUUAUGCCAAAGGCACCAAAACAUGGCGUUGAAGUUAAAAGCCAUCAAAGCAUUUGGUGUGGUAAGCAACACAAAUCCAGAUGAAUUCAUCAAUAGCAAUGAUGAUGCUGAAAUCCAUAAAAUGAUGGAUAGUCAUAAAAAUGGGCCUAAGAAAAAUGAAUCAAUUCACUUUGAAGAAUGGGGUGGUGCCAGACCUCAAACGCGUCCAUUACUGGACAGCCCAACUGCACAGUAUCGAAAUAAAACCAUUUAUUCUGUGGUUAGUGAACACUAUCAGAUGUUCGGGGUCUGGGCAACAUGGAACUAUUUUGAAGCUGGCCAUGGUAAAGGGCCGUGUGAUGGCAUCGGUGGGACCGUAAAACGGCUGGCAGAUGAUGCCGUAAAAAGAGGGGCCACGGUAAUUCAGGAUUCAUAUGACUUCUACACAUGGUCGUCGCAAGAACAUGAAACUGGUAACAUUACUUAUUGCUGGAUUAGUAAAGAUGACUGUGCACUAAACGUCUAGGAAAUUAAUGACAAUUGGGCCUCAGUUAAAACCAGGUACUAUGAAUCUGCACGCAGUUAUUGGAAUUGGUGACAAUAAAGUUAUGAUUCGUAAUCUAUCUUGUUAUUGCGAUAAGUGUAGGGCUGUAAUAGCCAACCAACAAGCAAUGUCAAUGUGUGAUGGAUGGGUGUAAAAUGGAUGUAAAAUAGUUUUACACUCACCUGAAACCAACAUUCGGGAGCCUACAUACAACCCAGAUGACUGGGUUGCAGCUGUCUACAAGGGUGACUGGUACAUAGGGAAAGUCAUUGAGCAGGACGACGAGGAUGUGUUUAUAAGCUUUAUAAUGGCAGGUUCUAAUAUUCAGAGGAACACAUUCAAAUGGCCUUCCAAUAAAGAUGAUAAUGGGUUUCGCAUGAAAAUAUUCUGUGUAAAAUCCAAGAGCCAAAGCGACUAUCACAACAGCUAUUUGGAAUAGCCAAUGACCAGGCUGUCAGUAUUACAGAGAGUUAUGCGUUAUUAACCGCAAACUCCUGUUAAACUGGAUCUGGUGUUUAUUUUAAAAAGUGUAAUUUCGCUGUUGAUUGUUUUUUUGUUCUCUUUAUGAAAACCGGAUUAAUAGUUAUGUGCGUUUGACUACGUUUUAACAGUUGUUAAGAUUGAUUGAUAAUAUUCUGACUUUAAAUAGUAUAAAUAACUAAAUUCUAAGCUUUUCUGAUAUAGACAAUGAUCACAAAAUGUGCUGACAAAUUAUGAUGAAAACCAAGAAACAUACGUUACCCUAUUCCUUAUAGAAAAGCAAUGGGUUAUUAUUGCAAAGUGGGGAGGGGGGAGGGGGAAUAGUGGCAUAGACACUGUUAUUAUGCAGUACAGUUUUUAAUAUCUAUUGAAUGCAAUAGAAAACAGGUCAUUUUUGCCACGUAGUUUGGUUAACUACAAUAAUAAUUAACUAUAGUAAAUAUAUUAGAUUACACUUUCUUUCUGCAUAUGGGAUAAAAUGCAGAUGGUUCUACAUGGAUUUAAGGCUAUACUUAAAAUAAAUAAAUAAUUAUAUAACUGGCUUAAAAUUAUAUGAAAAGGAGGUCCAAUGAACACAGCUGGUAAAUUUUGAAUAUUAACAAUGUUAAAACAUGCGUUACCAUUUUUAAAUGUCUAUUUUUCCAUAUUCUUUCGGAAGUUAAAAAAAACAUGAACCUGGUUAAUGUGAAGUAAAUUUUCAAUAGUUAAAUAUGAGGUUAUAUGGUAAUUGCAUUCCCAAAAGUAUGUUGGUGGUGUGUAUAUGCGUAUUGCUUAAAUCCUGGAUGUGUUUCUAUACUAGGAUUCUUUUUAUUCGGGUUUGUUUAAUAUUGGUGCCAUAUACUAGAUUUUUUUGAAGACAACAGUGUUUUUGACAGUUUUAAAAAAUUUUAGCACUUCACAAUUUUGAAAUAUUUUAAAUUUCAUGAGUGCUUUUGCUUGAGUUAUUAUUGUAACAUACGUUACACUUCUUUGUAACAUUCGUUACCAGUUUUUACACUGCUACAGUUUUUUUUUGGAAUGUUUAACUAAGAACCUUUUGAUUACAGGUUCAAAAUACAUAAAAGUUAUAAUCUUGUAGUUCGUAACUAAACAGUUUAAAAUAUAUAUCAUUGGAAUAAUAUAAAAAGUUGUAUGUGAUUUUUAUGCGCUUACCUUUAAAUUUACCAUCACAAAAAUAUAAAAUUACGCGAAAGAAACAAAAGAUUGUGAUUAUAAGAUAACGGUCUCCACACUAUUGUACAUAUCAACAGUGAAAUAAUAUUGGCAAUGUGAAUUAAUUACAUGAAAAUAAAAGAAUGUUAUUUUAAAAACGCAUCGUAACAUAGGUUUCAUUAAUAAAUUGUAACUGUUUCUUAAUGUUGGUGACAAAAAUAAAAGUU